AGGUUGUUCCAGCCGAGGCCACGCCUCCUCGGAACCUGGCGCGUCAGCCCUCCGGAGGCGAUAGGCUCGGCCGGGCGAUGGAGAUCCGCAGCGUUCCAGGGUGUUGCUAAUCGGUGCCAUCCCGGCCGGGCUGGGAUGGGCGAUCUAAGCGAUCGCGAGUUUAGCAACCCAGCGGAGGAUGCUAAUUGCUGAGCUCUUUCGGCUCGGCGGGCUCUGGAACGAGGGUCGCCGGUCGUCUCCUUAGCCGCCUUUAAACGACAUCCUUUGUCGGACGGUCAGCGUCCCCUUUUCGGGGGAACAAGCUUUUCGGGGCCAGCCCGGUGUAGGUUGGUCGUGCGCCUCUGAGGCGGUGGGUUUUCAACCCAGUGAGAUGCGGGGGCGAUAGGUAGGACGCGAUCGUCCGAAAUCCCCGGGGUGUUUUUUGCGUAACCCGUGCCGGGGACACUGCGGGGUUUGCCAGCUCCGAGAGGCGCCGACGCACGGAGAGGUGGAAGAGGAAGGACGGGCCGAUCCGAGCCGGGCAGCUCUCUAGCCUCCUCCGUCUUUAUACCUGACCUUGCCUCGCAUAUAAGCGGCGGGGAAAUAAGCGGUCUUGGCAGGCGAGACGGUUUUUCCCGGGUUGUUUUUUUUUGGGCUCGGGAGGUCAUUCCGAACCAUCGGCCUCUUCCCCCCGUCUGGUUCUGUGAUCGAGUGCGGUCCCCGUCCUGCCACCGCAUCCUUCCCGGGGCUCUUCUUGCCAUGAGCUGGCUGGGAGAUGGCGUUACCGCCCGGCAGGAGUGAGGCUGGGCGGGCUCUGCUCUGAGGUCACCGCUCGGCUUGUUCCCGCGUCCCCGUCCCCCCCUCCCCCCGACGUGACUCCCGAGCCUGAGAGCUGCUCGGGCCGAGGACGCGGGGAUGCCGCGGCUCUUUCUUGCUUCCCUCUUUCCCGAUGAGCCGUGCUUCCGUCGAGCUGCUGGCGGCGCCCCUCCGGGCUGGGCAGGGCGCUGAGGGAGAACGGAGGCUGCGUUCUUGAGAAGCGUCCGCCGAAAAGAAGCUUCCCCCGGCUGCCUUUGUCUUGGCCGGGAGGAUGUGGGUGAACCCGGAGGAGGUGCUGCUGGCCAAUGCCUUGUGGAUCACGGAGCGGGCCAACCCUUACUUCAUCCUGCAGAAGAGGAAGGGGCACGGAGGAGAUGGAGGCAGCGGAGGGAUCACUGGACUUCUUGUGGGAACUCUUGAUGUUAUGUUAGAUUCAAGUGCAAGAGUAGCACCAUAUCGUAUUCUGUAUCAAGCACCAGAUUCUAUGAUAUACUGGACUAUUGCUUGUGGUUGCUCAAGAAAAGAAAUAACUGAGCAUUGGGAAUGGCUUGAACAGAAUUUACUACAAACUCUUUCUAUCUUUGAAAACGAAAAUGAUAUAAACACUUUUGUCAGAGGAAAAAUACAGGGUAUCAUCGCAGAGUACAACAAAAUCAAUGGUAUUCGGGAAGAUGAUGAUACGGCUAAAUUUAAGGAAGCAACAGUGAAGUUCCAUAAAUUGUUUGGGAUGCCAGAGGAGGAGAAACUUGUGAAUUACUAUUCCUGCAGUUAUUGGAAAGGGAAAGUCCCACGUCAGGGCUGGAUGUAUCUCAGCAUUAACCAUCUGUGUUUCUAUUCCUUUCUCAUGGGUCGAGAAGCUAAACUUGUCAUCCGAUGGGUAGAUAUUACCCAGCUUGAGAAGAAUGCAACUCUGUUGUUACCUGAUGUGAUCAAAGUUAGCACAAGAUCCAGUCAGCAUUUCUUUUCUGUGUUUCUCAACAUCAGUGAAACAUUUAAACUAAUGGAACAACUUGCUAACAUAGCUAUGAGGCAACUUUUGGACAAUGAAGGCUUUGAGCAGGACAAGUCACUCCCCAGGCUUAAGAAGAAGUCUCCUAAAAAAGUAUCUGCCCUAAAACGGGAUCUGGAUGCCAGGGCAAAAAGUGAAAGGUACCGUGCUUUGUUCCGGCUUCCAAAGGAUGAAAAACUAGAUGGACAUACAGAUUGUACUCUGUGGACCCCAUUUAAUAAAAUGCAUAUUUUGGGUCAAAUGUUUGUGUCUACAAAUUACAUUUGUUUCAAUAGCAAAGAAGAAAAUCUCUGCAGUCUCAUCAUCCCACUUUGGGAGGUGACGAUUGUUGAAAAGGCAGAUAGCUCAAGCGUCUUACCUAGUCCAUUAUCUAUCAGCACUAAAAACCGAAUGACAUUCCUCUUUGCCAAUUUGAAAGACAGAGACUUUCUAGUGCAGAGAAUUUCUGAUUUCCUCCAAAAAACUACUUCCAAAAUUUAUUCUGAAAGAGAGAUUUCUGGAAGUUACAACAGUUCAGAUGAUGAGGUUUAUUCAAGAGCAAGUAGCGUCCUUUCAUCCAGUCCUCAGAGAAGUCUGAACUCUGAAGUGGAUGGAGACCAGCACUUCAACUUGAAUGGAAACAGUGUCCCAACUGUAACACAGGCCCUAAUGACUAUGUAUCGUCGGCGUUCUCCAGAGGAAUUCAACCCUAAAUUAGCAAAAGAAUUUUUGAAAGAAGAAGCUUGGAAAAUGCAUUUUGCUGAGUAUGGCCAAGGUAUCUGUAUGUAUCGUACAGAGAAAACAAGAGACCUUGCAUUAAAAGGUAUUCCUGAAAACAUGAGAGGAGAACUCUGGCUGCUCUUGUCAGGAGCAAUUAAUGAAAUGGUUACCCAUGCUGGCUAUUAUGAAGACCUGGUGGAGAAAUCUAUGGGGAAAUACAAUCUUGCAACAGAAGAGAUUGAGCGAGAUUUGCAUCGCUCUCUUCCAGAGCAUCCAGCCUUCCAGAAUGAGAUGGGUAUUGCGGCUCUGCGGCGAGUCCUAACUGCAUAUGCAUUUAGAAAUCCAAACAUAGGAUACUGCCAGGCCAUGAAUAUUGUUACGUCAGUCCUGCUUUUGUAUGCAAAGGAAGAGGAAGCAUUUUGGCUGUUGGUGGCUUUAUGUGAGCGCAUGCUGCCAGAUUACUACAACACAAGAGUUGUUGGUGCUCUGGUGGAUCAAGGUGUGUUUGAAGAAUUAGCUCGGGAUUAUAUCCCACAACUCUAUGACUGCAUGCAGGAUUUGGGAGUCAUCUCAACCAUCUCUCUUUCAUGGUUCCUCACGCUCUUCCUCAGUGUAAUGCCUUUUGAAAGUGCUGUAGUGGUGGUAGAUUGUUUCUUCUAUGAGGGUAUAAAGGUGAUAUUCCAAUUAGCACUAGCUGUGCUAGAUGCAAAUGUAGAGAAGUUGCUGAACUGUAAAGAUGAUGGUGAAGCUAUGACUGUGUUGGGAAGGUAUUUAGACAGCGUGACCAACAAAGACAGCACAUUGCCGCCAAUUCCUCAUCUUCAUUCACUACUGAGUGAUGACAUAGGGCCUUAUCCUGAAGUAGAUAUAUUUAGGCUCAUCAGAACUUCCUAUGAGAAAUUUGGCACCAUUAGAGCAGAUUUGAUUGAACAAAUGAGAUUCAAACAAAGGUUAAAGGUCAUUCAAACACUAGAAGAUACUACUAAACGAAAUGUGGUACGAACCAUAGUAACUGAAACUUCAUUUACAAUAGAUGAGCUGGAAGAACUUUAUGCCCUUUUCAAGGCAGAACAUCUCACUAGCUGCUACUGGGGAGGCACCAGCAAUGCUACUGACCGUCAUGAUCCAAGCUUGCCUUAUUUGGAACAGUACCGCAUAGACUUUGAGCAGUUCAAAGGGAUGUUUACUCUUCUCUUUCCUUGGGCAUGUGGAACUCAUUCUGAUGUUCUAGCUGCACGCUUGUUCCGAUUGCUGGAUGAAAACGGCGAUUCCUUAAUUAAUUUCCGGGAAUUUGUCUCUGGACUUAGUGCAGCAUGUCAUGGAGACCUUACUGAGAAACUGAAACUACUUUAUAAAAUGCAUGUUUUGCCAGAUCCAUCUUCUGAUCCCGAAGAGCCAGAUUCAGCAUUUGAAGCAACUCAGUACUUCUUUGAAGACAUUACACCAGAGUGUACACAGGGUAGAAAGAUGUUUGUUGCUGUAGAAGGAAGGAACAAACAUGGAGCUGAAGAGGGAUUUGUUAAUGUGAGUUUGAAAACAGAAAAAGGAAAGAAGAAUUCUCAAGAAAAUAAAAAUUGCCUUAAAAUCUGGAGUCAAGAGAAUAAACCCAAAGCCAAAAAUGCAAAGGACUUACCUAAACUAAAUCAGGAGCAAUUUAUUGAACUGUGUAAGACCAUGUAUAACAUGUUCAGUGAAGACCCAAAUGAGCAGGAUCUUUAUCAUGCAACUGCAGCUGUGACAAGUUUGCUUCUAGAGAUUGGUGAAGUUGGUAAACUGUUUAGUGUCCAAUCUAUAAAAGAGGCUGAGAAUACCAGCAAAACUAUUCAGAAUGUGCUGAUUCAGAAGAAAGGGAGCCAGCAGUACCGUCUUGACCGACAUGAUCAUUUUCAAAAUGGUUUUCUUGAUGAAGAGGAGAAUAUUUGUGACAAUUCACAGAUGGAGGAUGUUAAACUGGAAGAUUCUUCUCCUAGGGAUAAUGGAGCUGGUUCUUCCAUGUUGAUUUCUGAUGAUGAUACUAAAGAUGACAGCUCCAUGUCUUCAUAUUCUGUCCUGAGCGCAGGUUCUCAUGAAGAGGAAAAGCUGCACUGUGAAGACAUCAGUGAAGACACUGUUUUGGUACGAAGUAGCAACCCAACUUCUCUGCCAAGAAGUAGUAGUAUUGACAGAGACUGGGCUAUCACCUUUGAGCAGUUUUUGGCUUCCCUGUUGACUGAACCAGCACUUGUGCGAUACUUUGAUAAACCAGUGUGUAUGAUGGCAAGGAUUACUAAUGCUAAGAAUGUGCGGAUGAUGGGAAAACCCAUCAUAUCAGCAAGCGAUUAUGAAAUCUCUGCUAUGUCAGGCUAAAUGGACUGGAUAAGUAGGGGUUUUUUAAAAUUCUUUUAGGUUUUUGAAAUAUUUAUUAUAGCCUCCACAGGUCCUGGUGUUCACAAAAUUUAUUAGUUAUUAUUUAUGGAAACAUGUUGGGAUGUACAGUACAUUUAUUUUAUUUUGAAUUAUUAUUUUUCUCUAAUGGGAAAUAUCAUUAAAAUGCUUGUCUGAAGGGAAAUCAUUGUCAUUGGUAUACGUAUUGUUAGUCUUGCUAUCCAUGGAUAAAUAGUGAAAAAUUGUUCAGUUCUAAUUUAAUGAACAUUAUGUGUCUAUGUUUUUCAGACAGAUCUGAAAUCUCUGAAUAAGGAAGGAACCUGAAUAACUUAGAAUAUUGCAAGCAUAGUGUAUGCUGCAGUGUAUCUGCAGAGUUCCUGUAGAACAUUUUCUUUUAAACUUGGCAGAAUAGCACUGUUAGUAUAGCUUUUGUGCAUACAGAGUUGCUUCCCUCCAAACUAAAUUAAGGGUAAAAUGGACAGGAACUCCAUGUCUGCACUUCAGCUGUUGUGCUUGUACAAAAAUAGAUUAAGAAAGUAAUAGAAAGGGAUGCUGUCAACUUGUUUAGGAUUGAAAAGUAAACUGUGCAGCUUACCUGGUAGGUUUCUCUUCACAUAAUUUUUUUAAGAAGGCUUGUUAUUUUUUAAUACUUUUUAAAACAUUCUUCAGGGAUACUGCCAGGAACUUUUCUUGAUACCUGUCAACAUCCUGACCUAAACAAUUAAUGGUACCCCUUUUUAAAAAAAUUAGACUUUUUAAAAAUUCUGUAGAUAAUUCUGUCUUAUUGAUACUUUAAUCCUAAACAUCAUAAACUUAGUGUACUGUAGAUGACAAAUUCAUAGCCGAAUUGCAUAAUCCUUCAUUAAAACAGUUAUUAGCAAGAAUGUAACCUGUAAAAUAGCUGCAAGAAAAUGUAAUCAAAUGUUUGAAAAUCUUAAUGAAUGAAAUUGUCACUUUAUUUAUAAUUAACAGAAUGUGUUGAAUGACAAAUGGAGCACCUGCACUUUGAAUUCUUGCUUAAUUUUCAGAACCAUUAGUUGGACACAACCCAGUAGUAGAGAACAUGCAGUACAAGAAACACUUACCCAAGUAAUGACUGAAUGCUAAUAGAGAUGUGUUCUGCUCUUUGCAACCUAUCUAUUCAAGGAGGAGAAGAAAGAAUGCUUUAAGUAACCCUACACAAAUACUCCCAAUAUGGGCCCAAGACCCAUGUUAGGACAGGAUUGUGUCUAGUCUUUUUACACAUUCAUAGGUGAUUGAAUAUGAGUAAUUUUUAUCUACUUUAACUUUGUUUGCUGUCUUCAAAAAACCUCAUUUUUUUCUCUUUAUGUAUUGUAUAUUAUUGUAAUUAUCCUUUUUAAAAUUAAAACAUUGAUUUGAUUCUUAUUUAGAGUA